AUGUCGCUUCUUAUUUCGUCCUUAUCGGACGAAGUUAUGUAUCUCGCAGUGGGCAGAGAUACAUCCCGGGCGGUAUGGACGUUGAUCACAUCGGCGUUAGGAUCAUCGACGAGGGCGAGGUGUUUGAACCUUCUUGCACAGUUCCAGAGCCUCCGGCAAGGAGACUCUUCUCCCGGCGAAUAUCUUGGACGGGCGCAGCUGCUCGUGGAGGACUUGGCGCUCGCCGGCCGACUGGUGUCACUCGAUGAACAGAACCUCUACGUCUUCCGGGGGCUCCGGCCGGAAUUCCGGUCAAUGGCGUCCUCUCUAGCUGCCUCCGGUAACCCUAUCACCAUUCCCCAGCUCGCCGAUUUCCUGCAGGCUCAGGAGUUUAUAUGGGCUGAGGACUUUCUGCCGGCGGGUGGCGUACCGGCGGCGUCGCAUCAGGCGCUCCACACUGGCAGAGGGCAGCGCGGUGGUUCCAGUUCCGGCGGUGGCUCGCGUGGUUCCGGCUCUGGAGGUGGCGUGCGAGGACGAAACGACAGAGGAAGCCGUGGUGGCUGGCAGAACAGAGGGCGUGGUGGCGGAGUCCCUCGCUGUCAGAUCUGCCGGAAUCAAGGACAUACGGCAGUCCAUUGUUACCGGCGGUAUGAUCAGGCCCCUCCUCAGGCGCAUGUGGCAGUGUCCGGGGAAGAUGGCGGCACCGUGGCGGAUGGCUGGUUCCCGGACACCGGCGCUACCUCGCACGCGACGCCGGACGCGACAAUGAUGGCCCACUCUGACUCGUACACUGGUGGUGAUGUCUUACGAGUGGGCAACGAGUCAGGUUUGGAUAUUUCCAGUAUUGGUAGUGCAUCGAUAAAUUCCGUGUCUGGUUCAUUAGCUCUAAAUGAUAUAUUACAUGUUCCCAAUUUGUCUGUACCAUUAUUAUCUGUUAAUCGUUUUACAACUGAUAAUAAUGUGUUUUUCGAAUUUCACCGUGAUUUCUUUGUUGUGAAGGACUGUCGAACCAAAACGGUGCUUCUUAAAGGUUCUAGUAUGGAUACUCCGGCGGUGCACCCGAGUCCACCAUGGGCAUCGGGUCCACUUGUUCCUCAUAAGCCAACUAAACCGCCACUUGAUGUGGCCCCGUUGGCAGUGCAACAUCCACUGACCAUUCAAGAACGGCCCCUAGCUGUUCAAAGUCAACCUGCACCACGGCGUGUAAGGAGGCGUGCUCCUCCAGCUCAGCCUCAAGAACGGGCGCAUGUUAUGCGUCUUCGUCAUAUGAAAACGGGUGAACCGUUACAGGCCUUAACAGUUUCUGCUGACCCUACUUGUUAUACACAGGCUGUGGGCUAUCCGGAAUGGAGAGACGCCAUGGACCAGGAGUGA